AUGGACGAGAAAUCUAAAGCUUCAUCAGAGAAGGAGGAAGAAGUCAUCAAGAAGAAGUACGGAGGCAUUGUGCCAAAAAAGCCCCCACUCAUUUCCAAGGAUCAUGAACGGGCUUAUUUUGAUUCAGCUGAUUGGGCUCUCGGAAAGCAAGGUGUAGAGAAGCCCAAAGGACCUCUCGAGGCACUUCGGCCUAAACUACAGCCAACUCAACAGCAAACAAGAUAUAGGAAAUCUCCUUGUGCACCAACAGAUGGAGAAGAUGGAAACAGUACGCCAGCCUCUGAUGAUGGUUCUAUGAAUGAAUGAGAAAGUGAUGUUGAAUGUUGAUCUUCUCUCUCCCUUUUUCAUUUCAUGAAACAAUAGCUACAAACAUAUUGUGAUACAAGUAUGCAACUUGCAUUCUUUUUUUUUUAAGUGUUUUUGUUUUUUUUUUGUUUUCUUUCUUUUCAACUUUAAUCCAUGUUUGAACUAGCUUUUCAUUGGGAUCUAUGAACUGUGCUGCUGUUAAAUGGCUCUUUUGCUUUAAC